AUGAAGACCAUCCAGACCCUUCCCAUGGCCAUGAUGCUCUCUGGUAUUAUCGCUGGAGAGUUCCCAUCUAUGCCAGGCAUGGGCAUGAAGGGUGGAGAGGGAUCUGCCCCAGCUGAACCGCCUGCUCCUACUGGUAUGGCGGGCGGCAAUUCUAACAACUGCCCUCCUGCCGUGCCCGUCACCGUCACGGAGCCAGUCUACAUUACCGUAACGGAAUGCCCACCAGUGGCUCCCGAGGCUCCUCCACCUCCAGGAGCGCCCGUACCUCCUCCUCAGGCCACUGGUCCUGUCCCCGAGGCUCCUCCUGCUCCGCCCGCGCCUGAGGGACCUCCGCAGCCUCCUCCUCCUGGCGGAGAGUCAGGCCCUCCCCCGCCUGAAGAGCCCGUGCCAGUACCUCCUCCCGGAGGAGAAACUGGUCCUUCUGGCCCUCAGGAAACAGGUCCCAGCACCAGCCCUGAGAAACCCAUCGUCCCUCCUCCUUCUGGGCCCUCUCAGACCCCAGUUAACCCCCCUGCUGUGCCCGUCGCCGCUGGUAACAGGGCCACUUGGAGUCUAGGAGCUCUCGUUGUGGCAGGAGUCGUUGCUUUGGCACUCUAA